AUGGCGCCUGCGACCACAACCGAGCGUAAGAGCAGGAAGAAGCAGUCAUCGAAGACCAGCAGGAAGCGGUCUUCGUCGAGGAAGCCCCAUGUGUCAUCUUCAGUACCCGAACAAUACCUGCAGGAUUAUGCGUCUCCAGUUCAGGCGAGUCCUGCUCAGCAUGAGACGCCCCAGCAGUCUUAUUUUCAGAAGGCAACCCGGCCACCGCCAGUUUCGCAUGGCUACUCCACAAGCCCGCCGCAGCGACCGGUAUAUGCCCAAUCGCCUCAAUCUUUUGCCCAACGUAUGCAGGCAUAUGAGUCUUCCACGCAGCAACCUGUAUUGCCAUUUGCGAGUCAGUCGACACUGCGGUUCGGUUCAUCACCACCUCAGAAAGUACGGGAUGAACGGCCAUUUCAGGAGCAAUGGGAUAAUUUUGACCGCAUGGCCGCAAAGUCCUACGCGAACCUUCGGGAUAUGGCUGGAAAGAGUGUGACAAACUUGACUGCGAACUAUAUUGAGCGGCCCACCGCCGCAGUCGCGACGAAGAGCAUGAAGACCCUUUGUCGUGGAGCUGCGUUAUACGAUGUCAUCACCUCCAAAUUCGACUCUGUGAUUACUAGUAUCGAUGAUGAGAAAUUCAGCGGUAAAGAGCAGGAUCUUAUGGUGGAGAACGUCGAGCUGCUGCAGGAGGCUCAAGGAGCGAGUCCGCCACUGGGUGAGAUCAGGCCUCAGGCUCCGAACAAGGUGUAUCCGGAGUCAGGCAGUGGCAAAGGAUCGAACCACUUUUCCAAAGUAUGGCUCUAUGCCAACUCGCGACUACCACCUCAUCUGCCGCCUUUCAAGGUCUAUCUACCGACCUAUCCCCUAGUGUGUUUGGCAGCAACGUACUCUGAAAAGGCGUACACCCGUCCAGGCGCCAAGAAGAACAGCGAGAUGGAAACGCAUAUUCCUGCGGACUGGCGUAGCGGUACCAAAGCCAUGGUCAUCAAAUCUAUCCCGAUAGAGGAGCUGAACACGAUUGUCUUUGCCAUCCGCGGGAGUCAGACGUUCAUGGACUGGGCCGUGAACUACAACUCAGCACCUGAUAGCCCGAGCAAGUUUCUCGACGACCCAUCGAACUUGUGCCACGCGGGCUUUCUUUAUGUAGCGAAGAAGAUGGUUAAGCCUGUUGCAGAACGGCUCAAAGUCUUACUCCAGGAGAAUCCUUCGCGCGCGAAUUGCAGCUUGCUCAUUACAGGCCACUCCGCAGGCGGAGCCGUGGCAGCAUUGCUAUACGCGCAUAUGAUGAGCACCAAGAUUGAGUCUGAACUCAACCAUCUUACUGGCUUCUUCAAGCGCGUGCACUGCAUCACGUUUGGCGCACCGCCCGUCAGCCUGCGCCCUUUGAAGAAACCAGAAGAUAAGCGACACCGCAAGAGUCUCUUUUACGCCUUCAUCAACGAGGGUGAUCCGAUCCCGCGAGCGGAUAAGAGCUUCCUACGUAGCUUACUCAAACUCUACGCGACACCCGCACCCUCGGCGUCCAGCGUUAACCUCUCGCAACCACCGCCGGUCCCGCCGAAAUCCUGGCCCAUACCGCCAUGUACCUUGUCGCCCGCGGGCCGACUCGUCGUCUUGCGCCAGCGCGUCGGAAGUCGCAAGGAAGACGACAUCGAGGCUGUGACUGUGGACGAGGAAAUGUUACGGAAAGUGGUAUAUGGAGAUUUGCUAAAGCACCAAAUGACCGUCUACAAGACUAGAGUGGAGGGUGUGGCCGUGAGAGCCGUCACAGCAAACGGUUGUUGA